UUGCAAUCACAUAGAUCAAUGAUUUAAAUAUUCUUUCUAACUUACCAAUACAUUAAAGCUUGUACGGAAGAACUAUAGGAUAACAAGAUGGCUAAAUAUAUCCAGAUAUAUAUGAUUCUUCUGGCAGUAGUUUUCAUUUCUAAAAGUACAUGCGUAAUACAGUUCUUACCUGGGCAGGUACCUGGUCUAAUACCAGGACAAAUACCUAGGCAGAUAAUACCCCGACAGGUAAUUAUGGGACAGGAUGUAGAGGAAGAACAACAAGAAUUGUUUCUUAUCGAUGAAGGUAGAACUGCAGUGGAUGGUCCUGGACGUGGCACAGGAUCAUUUCUGCAGUUGUUUCCUAUUCCUCUGUUAACACUGGUUUUACCGAUUGUAGCAAUGGCGAUGAUGACAAUGAUGAGUACUGCUAAUAGUAGAACAACAAGUAUAACGCCAACAAAUAUUCAGGUUACUGUUCCGAAUAUUGUUCCAACGACACAAACAGCUGUACUACCAACACCAUGUGUUCCCACAAAUUGUCCUGAAGGAUACAUGCUGUUAGAUGACCAAACCAUAAGUCCUAAUUGCUACUUUCACAGUACACAGGACGCAGAAUGGGCCAAUGCCUUGUCGACAUGCACCAUGACCCAAGGAGCUUAUCUAUGGAGACCAAAUACUGAAGCAGAAGCUAAGGCUGUCUUUGAAAAGUUUCUAUGCUCGACUACCCUAUGGACUGGUGCAUAUAGUCCUGGCAGUGACGGAAAUUAUGUAUUUGCUGUAGAAAAUGGUGUUUUUGACUAUACGAAUGUUCCCUUCGGUAACACUGUUACUUUUGAAAACAAUGACUGUAUUGGUAUUCAACCCGGAGAACCAAUUUUUUGGAAUGAUGAGCCCUGUAAGAACGAAUAUCAAUAUAUAUGCGAAUUUCCUAGGAAAACCUGUCCAUAAAAGUGUAUACUACAGUGGAAAAGUUUUCGGAUGCGUCGUGUAAUAAAAAGAUUAAAUUUGAA